UGUUUAAUUGUCGGGAAUUCGUCCGUUCGAAAUUUCAGGGAACUUCUUGUACUUAUCCACGGGCACCUUGAAGCAUCGGGUUUACCGGAAAGUGCAGCUAUAGUUAGCAAAGAGGCUAAAUUGACAGAUUUCCAAUCUUCCAAAGAACAAAUUCAAUUGCCGUGUGGGCGUACUCCUUCCGGAUUCUUCCCCGAUAAAUCCGAAGGCUCUUCAUCUUCAAAUCAGAAACAUCCCGUCUCGAGAAAAAAUGAACCGUCGACACUUCCAAAGAUUAUAAUUAAAUUGAAGGAUACUCCAAGAAAAUCGAAAUCUUUAGAAUCGGAAGAAGCGCCACCACUAAUAAUCCGCACUCCGGAAUCCGACGGUGAAUCGGACAUCGAAAUAUUGCGGCCAAAAAAGCGCAAGUUGACGCACUCGAACGAGAUUGGCUCUGAAAGGCGGCUCACGUUAGAUUCUGUGAUGGUCGAGUAUUUGAAGCUGCAGCAUUCCAAAUGCUCGGCUCCAAUUACGACUUUACCCCCGCUCUCGCUGCUUCACCCCCAUGCAUGCCCCGAACCGAGACAAACCCUAGACGCGCCGACGAACAUGACAGCAAGGCUUAGGAGAUGCGAAGUGGUUGGAACUGCUUACGGGGGUAUAGACGUAAGUCGCAAGGACCGUCGAUUUGUCUACAGUAGAUUCAGACAUAGGGAAACUCUAUACGACAAAGUCGACAAGUCGUGUUUGACCAGCAUCGCUUUUAUAGAAGAUCCUACUAGGGUUGCCGCAUGCGGGUUUUCCAGGAGGCUAAAAUUUUUCGACUUAAGCAGCGCCACGGUGUGCGAGAGCUCCGUCUGCCAUACUUCCGACGUGACGCAUUUGCAUUCUCACUCGCGACUUCUUCUCUCGUCAACUUCCAAUGAAGUUUGCUUGUGGGAUGGAUCUUCGUUUGCGGCACAUACAUUUGAAGGAGUUAAGGCCGCACGGUUCGACAGUCACGGUACCUUAUUCGCGGCGUUGCCGUCGGAUUCUUCUUCGCAUGAGAUUCUUUUGUUCGAUGUUCAGACGUUGAAUUUGAAUACGAGCCUUGUCGAUGACACGGAUAGUAGCGUAAUUCGUCACGAAAAUCCGUAUUGCGAGAUUCACUUCGGCCCGUUGAGGAAUAUGCUUCUUUGGGAAGGAGUUUUGUGGGAUUCUAGAAGUACGAGGCCGAUUCACCGCUUUCAAGAAUUUACCGACCUCGGUGGCGGGGGCUUUCAUCCUGCUGGGAAUGAGGUACGUACGUAGAGUAGAGGUUAAUAGUUUCCCUUUUACAUAUUUACUUCAAAAAACG